AUGAACCUGGUCCAUACCACUGUGCUCCUGUGGGCGUGGGGGAGUCUCCAGGCCUUUGAAAUUGUGGAGAAGGAGAACAUUUUUCAGAGGACCCCCUGCCCUGCUUUCCUGAUGUUUGACAACACAGCCUACCUGGCCGACAUGAGCUUCGAGCUGCCCUGCCACUGUAAGCCCGAGGAGGUGUCUGCUGUAGUCUGGUACUAUCAAAAGCACCUCGGCAGCAGCCACACCAAAGUUCUGACGGACUUUGAUGGGCGGGUGCUGACGGAGGCAGCCCAGGUGCGGGCGGGCAGUGACCUGCUGGUCCGCUUCAGCAUUCGCAUGUUCAGCCUGUUGGUUUUCCGGGCCCAGCCCGAGGACUCAGGCUUGUAUUUCUGUGGCACCCGCGAGGGGGACUACUUCUAUGCCUACGAUGUGGACAUCCAGAGCAGCGAGGGAAUGGUGGCCACCUUCAAGGACCUGGGCCAGGAGCCCUUCGCAGACGAGUACCAAGGGAGCCUCCACGUCUUCACCACCUUCUGGGAGUGGACCCCCUGUGACCGCUGCGGGGUGCGAGGGGAGCAGUGGCGCAUUGGCCUCUGCUACCUGCAGAGCCCAGACCUCUCCCCACGCUACCGGCAGACGCUGCCAGACGUGGUGUCCUGUGGUUCACGGGCCGUGCCAAAGAAGCUUCAGGCCAAGGCCAAAGACCACACACCGGAGCUGCUGGUUCAGAGCUGCAUGGUGCCCUGCAGGGAGACGCCGCCGCCCCAUGGGGGCGUGAUGGCCAUUUUCAGCUAUCUGUCCAAAGCGGGCAGCCGGCCCUGGGUGCCCCAGGUGCCCAUUCAGUACCACCAGCAAAGGCUGGGUCACGGACUCAUCAUCUCCUGUCCGGGGGCCCGGCCGGAGCACGCCGUGGCCUGGGACAAGGACCACCAGAACUUCUAUCGCACACAGUACUUGAAGGGCGUCAACAGGUCCAUGAGGGUGUUCAUCGACCAUGGCAACCAUCUCCACAUCCGCUUCACCCAGCUGGACGACAGGGGCAUCUACUAUUGCUGGCGGCAGGGCGUGCGGGUCGCUGGGUUCCGGCUGGGCGUGAUAGCUCGAGGGCACUACAAGGUCUCUCUCUCAGACCCCGAGGUCCGCUCCGCUGUGGAGCUCACCCUAAUAGGGUACCUGCUCAUCACGGCAGCCUUCGUCUCCAUUCACCUUUGUCGCUGCUGCUGUUCCUUAUUUCGCUGUUAUCCCGGCUCCUCUCCCUAG